UUCAAACUUUCAAAAGAAAUGAAACCCGUCUAGUCUCUCAGUUUUUACUCCCUAGAAGCUUACACGGAACGUAGACGAAAGCGACUACCUUCCCUCGCAUCCCAACCGUUUGUGACCGCAUUACCCCAUCUUUCCUUUUUCCCACCCUUUCGCCCUCCGGAAGGGGCCGAGCUCUCCCGGUACUUCCCAGUCUUCCUCCGCCCCCUGCGGAAGGAGCCGAAGGCGGAGUGGGGCGCCGAAGCGGCGCGGCCUAACGCUCGGGCCCCUCCGGAAAGAGCCGAACCGCACUCGGAAGAGGAGGGCGCCUUUGCCUUUGGCGCCUCGCCCCCGCGCGGUGCCCUCUGUCGGCGGCUUGGGGCAGCUGUGGCAGUGGUGGCGGCGGGAGGCGGUAGCCGCGUCGACGUCGACCAAGACUGGAGCGACGUUUAAAGAAGGAGCCGAGUCGCCGCGCAGUCCGGCUUCUGGUUGUUGGAGGACUCCCACCCUUCCGCGCGGCCCGACGACGAGAAGCUGCAGCGCCGGGAAGCAGGCAUGGAGAGUAGAAAACUGAUUUCUGCUACAGACAUUCAAUACUCUGGCAGUCUGCUGAACUCCUUGAAUGAGCAACGCGGCCAUGGACUCUUCUGUGAUGUUACCGUUAUUGUGGAAGACCGAAAAUUCCGAGCCCACAGGAACAUCCUUUCAGCUUCUAGUACUUACUUCCAUCAGCUCUUCUCAGUUGCUGGGCAAGUUGUUGAACUGAGCUUUAUAAGAGCAGAGAUCUUUGCAGAAAUUCUCAAUUAUAUCUAUAGUUCUAAAAUUGUUCGUGUUAGAUCAGAUUUACUUGAUGAGUUAAUUAAAUCAGGGCAGUUAUUAGGAGUUAAAUUUAUAGCAGAGCUUGGUGUCCCAUUGUCACAGGUUAAAAGCAUCUCAGGUACAGCUCAGGAUGGUAAUGCAGAAACCUUACCUCCUGGUUCUAGUGACAAGAACCUUGAAAUACAAAAAUCAAAAGAUGAAGCCCAAGAAAAUGGGGCCACUAUAAUGCCAAUUAUAACAGAGUCUUUUUCCUUAUCUGCUGAAGAUUAUGAGAUGAAAAAGAUCAUUGUUACCGAUUCAGAUGAUGACGACGAUGACGUCAUUUUCUGCUCUGAGAUUCUGCCUGCAAAGGAGACUUUGCCAAGUACCAAUACAGUGGCAGAGGUCCAGCCUAACCCAGCCUCUGUUGCUAUUUCAGAUGUUGCACCUUGUGCGAGCAAUAGCUCUCCCCCUUUAACAAAUAUCACACCUACUCAGAAACUUCCUACUUCUGUGAAUCAGGCAACUCUGAACCAAACACAAGGAAGUGAAAAAUUAUUGGUAUCCUCGGCCCCAACACAUCUGACUCCCAACAUCAUUUUAUUAAAUCAGACAUCACUUACUACACCACCAAAUGUCAGUUCUUCACUUCCAAAUCAUAUGUCUCCUUCAAUCAAUGUACUUGUGCAGAAUCAGCAGCCACCAAACAAUGCUGUUUUAACAGGAAACAAGGCCAAUGAAGAGGAGGAGGAGGAAAUUAUAGAUGAUGAUGAUGACACUAUUAGCUCCAGUCCAGACUCGGCGGUCAGUAAUACAUCUUUGGUCCCACAGGCUGAGAUCCCCCCAAAUACCGCUUUUGAUGGAUCGUUGAUACAGAAGAUGCAGAUUCCUACACUUCUGCAAGAGCCACUUUCUAAUUCUUUAAAAAUUUCAGAUAUAAUUACUAGAAACACUAAUGAUCCAGGUUUAGGAUCAAAACAUCUAAUGGAGGGUCAGAAGAUUAUUACUUUAGAUACAGCUACUGAAAUUGAAGGCUUGUCGACGGGUUGCAAGGUUUAUGCAAAUAUUGGUGAAGAUACUUAUGAUAUAGUGAUCCCUGUCAAAGAUGACCCUGACGAAGGGGAGGCCAGACUUGAGAAUGAGAUACCAAAAACAUCUAGCAGUGAGACGGCAAAUAAACGUAUGAAGGUAAAACAUGAUGAUCACUAUGAGUUAAUAGUAGAUGGAAGGGUCUAUUAUAUCUGUAUUGUAUGCAAAAGGUCAUAUGUCUGUCUGACAAGCUUGCGGAGACAUUUUAACAUUCAUUCUUGGGAGAAGAAGUAUCCUUGCCGUUACUGUGAGAAGGUAUUUCCUCUUGCAGAAUAUCGCACAAAGCAUGAAAUUCAUCACACAGGGGAGAGAAGGUAUCAGUGUUUGGCCUGUGGCAAGUCUUUCAUCAACUAUCAGUUUAUGUCUUCACACAUAAAGUCAGUUCAUAGUCAAGAUCCUUCUGGAGACUCAAAGCUUUAUCGUUUACAUCCAUGCAGGUCUUUACAGAUCAGACAAUAUGCAUACCUUUCUGAUAAGUCAGGCACCAUGCCUGUCAUGAAGGAUGAUGGUAUUGGGUAUAAGGUUGAUGCUGGGAAAGAACCUCCAGUAGGGACCACAUCUACUCCUCAGAACAAGCCAAUGACCUGGGAAGAUAUUUUUAUUCAGCAGGAAAAUGAUUCAAUUUUUAAACAGAAUGUAACAGAUGGCAGUACUGAGUUUGAAUUUAUAAUACCAGAAUCUUAUUGAACUCCUUUGAAAUAUCAGAAAGUUUUGGUUUGGAUUAAGGGUCAGGGCUUUCAGAAGACCUGUAAAACAAAGGUGAAAACAAGUUGAUUUGAUCUGCCAUGUCAUCUGAAGGUAGUCUAGUUGGAUUAUUUGUUGAUAAUUUUUUAGAAGCAAAUUAUUCUGAAAGUUUGAAUAGAGAUUGAGAAGUUUUCCCCCCCCAAGUAUCCAUUUUUAUAGUUAGCUUUCAGCACAUUUAAAAGAGGCAAAAAGAAAAAAAAAGCUUGGAGAGAUAGUUUCCUGAAUAGAAUUUGAAGCAGUCUGAAUGUUCUUUGAAAAUAACUGGAGUUAUUAGCAUACCCUAGUAUAUCUUGCAACUUUCCCCUUCCGUGUUAGCACUUUACUGAUGAUUCUCAAUUUUCUUAUUAUUGAGACUAUAAAUGUGUCGUGUCUUAUAUAUGGCAUAAAAAGUAAACAAGAACUUCUAAAGUUGUCCUGGAAAUUUUCAGAAUAAAUCUCUGCUUGGUUGUGUAUUCUGCUAACCCAAAUGGAUAGCAACCUCCUGCCCCUCAUGAAAAUGGCCGUGCAGACAAAUCUCUCAUUUGAACAAUGAAGUAGUUUUAGCUAAUUAGAAUUAAACCUUGCUUUUAUUGCCAUAGUCUGGAAAAGACCUGUGGCUGGACUACUGUAUAUAUACCUUUGCAGUGUGGUUUCCAUGGGCAAAAAUACUAAAGGAAAACAAAUCUCUGUAGUGCAGACAGGAAGAGGUGAAAUGAUCUGUCGCAUUUGUUUUGAAUUCUGCACUCUUAUAUGAUAGCGACAGAGAAUGGAAGUAAAUGGAGAUUUCCUUUUUGCUUGUUAUGGUUAAAAAUAUUCCCAUGACAUUUUUCAAAUUUUGAAUCUGAAAGCCACCAAAUUAAUCUUUAUGUAUAAAUCUUUAUAAAUGACAAAUUUCACAAAUGAGACGCCUGUAUAUUUUGGGCGGGAGGCUACUGGCAUAUAUUUUUAAAUGUUCAUAUUACUUAGAAUCUCUAAUAGGAAGUUUUUAUUUGACAUAGUUGAGUCAGUGAUCUAGUAUUUUCCUUUCAGCAAGACCUUUUAGGUUUUUACUCCUUCUAAAAUAAGUUCCAUUCCAUCUGCAAAUUGCUGCAGUAUUAUAGCAUUCAGAAGCUAUACGUGGAAGUUAAAUAGGCUUGUUGAUUCCCAUUUAUCUUGAGAACAAUAAAUACCACCUUUCUCCCUUUUAAAAUGACACAUAUUUAAACACUUAGAAAAUAAAGUAAAAACUUAUUGAAGUGCUAGUACUAAAAGGGAAGCAGGUUGGAACAAAUAUAUAGCCUAGCAUUUAUAACAGGAUUGACUUGUCGAACUUCUGUAAAUGAAUUUUUGCAAAGGAAAAAAAUUAAUAGAUAUUGAAAAAGAUUGUUGUGCAUAGUUAUUAGUCAUUUGUAACCUUGCUUAAGUAUUUCUUAAUUCAACAUAGAUAUUUUCUUUCUCCUUAACCACGUAUUUUUGAAAAUAGUCUAUUUCUUGACUUUGAACUUAAAGCUUUAAUCAUAAUUUCUCAUGUAUACGUCAUUCUUACAGUAAUCUAGACUUGAAGAUAAUGGUUUCAGUGUUUCUUAAGAUGGUAGCUGAGGGUAUCAGGCAUCAGUAUUUGCAGUAAUAUGAGAAGAAAGAAAAAUAAUAUACUCCUUUGCUUUACCAAGGAUUAGAAUGAUGUGCAUCUUUCCGUUUUCUGUUCUGUGAGUUGAGACCUUAAGACCAUUUUGUAAACUAAUCCUUGGAAAUUUUUAAAUUACCUUACAACUUAAGAGUCUGAUCUCUGGAAUUGCAAUAUCUGUUUCCUUUCUUUGUAGGUACUGAUAACAUUACUCUUUGACUAUAGGGUACACUCUGAAAUCUUUUCAGUGGAAAUUUGUUUGUUUCAUUAAUGCUGUUUUACCAGUUAGACAUAAUUCUUCUACAAGUGUGAAUGAUACUGAUAUCAGCAGAGCUUCCAGUCCUUUCAGACUAAACUGCUAGGUAAAUUAGUUUGUCAUAAUAAAACUUGGUGGUUUCUACAAGGCCAUUAUGACAAACCAGGAGUUAAUUCUAUAAUGGAAAACUAUCCAUUCUUAAUUAUCUGGAUAUAAUUAUUUGCUGCUGCUGUGCUCUAUGUAAAUUCUGAGGGUGAAAUUUCAACUUGGCCUACUGAAGGUAUCUUCUAGAGUUUUUUGGGAGGAGGAAAACUGGAAAAAUCACUUUAAAUUGUAUUUUUGCCAGAAGACUUUUACUUGCAUGUAUGUCAGGGUCUUCUGUUUUUCUACAAGUCUCUAUAUACAAAGUUCAGAAUUCAUGCAGAAUACUCCUUUGGGAUUAAAACCAUUCACCCCCAAUAUUUAUGGGGUUGGAAAUCUGUGGCAAGAGGCUGUUCAAAGCUUGUCAUGGGGUGUUCCUAUUUUAUACUUAGUUUUCUGGCAAUUGAACUUCCUUUUUUUCCUUUCAAGUUGGCUUCAGAUUUGCUCCUAUGCUAAAUUACCUAUAAAUAUUCUGGAUAGGAACUUUGAAAUAGCAAUUUGUUAAAAGAUGACAAAAUGAAAGUGCUCAAACAAAGCAAAGAUUUUUUUUUUUUUUUUUUUUGCGGUACGCGGGCCUCUCACUGUUGUGGCCUCUCCCGUUGCGGAGCAACAGGCUCCGGACGCGCAGGCUCAGCGGCCAUGGCUCACGGGCCCAGCUGCUCCGCGGCAUGUGGGAUCUUCCCGGACCGGGGCACGAACCGGUGUCCCCUGCAUCGGCAGGCGGACUCUCAACCACUGCGCCACCAGGGAAGCCCCUAAGCAAAGAUUUUUAAAUGUUGUAGCAAUCUUGCAAGAUUCACUUUAGAAUAAAUCUUAAAUGAUUAUCAUUUUGGUGGUAAUGAUCCCACACACACACAACCGCUAUGAGGAAUUGAUGCUGGGUUUUUCCCAUUGUACCAAAAAGAUAAAACAAAUGGUAAAAAUGAUGAAGGUAUUUUGUAUUGUCAAGGCGUGCAUAUUCUAAAGAAUUAAAUACUAAUUAAGCAGCACUGGCUUUCUCAUCUCUGUCAAUCAUAUGAAACCUUGUUCAUUUCCAUCCAAUACUGUAAUGUUCAUACUUGUUCACUCUUCUCUGUCAUGACUUUAAGUUCUACUUUUCAUUAACCGUUACCUGAUAUUAGUUCGUAGAGCUUCUUAUGGCAAAAAUAAAAUGUUUUAAUUCUGA